AUGGAACCUGUGAAUGAUACACACAUUUCAGAAUUUUUUCUUCUUGGCAUAUCAAAUGAACCAGAACUGCAGCCCCUCAUAUUUGGGCUUUUCCUCUCCAUGUACCUGAUCACUGUGUUUGGAAACCUGCUCAUCUUCCUGGCUGUCAGCUUAGACUCCCAUCUCCACGCACCCAUGUACUUCUUCCUUUCCAACCUGUCCUUUGUAGACAUCUGUUUCACCUCCACCACUAUCCCAAAGAUGCUGUGGAACAUCCAGAAGCAGAGCAAAGGUAUAAGUUAUGGAGGCUGCAACAGCCAAAUAUACUUUUUACUACUCUUCGCUGGAUUGGAUGACUUUCUCUUGGCUGUGAUGGCCUAUGACCGGUUUGUGGCCAUCUGCCACCCCCUGCACUACACAGUCAUCAUGAACCCCCGGCUCUGUGGACUGCUGGUGCUGCUGUCCUGGUUAGUGAGUGUCCUGAAUUCCUUGGUGCUAACUUUACUGAUGUUGCGACUGUCCUUCUGUAGAGUCCUGGAGAUCCCACACUUUUUCUGUGAACUCAAUCAGGUGGUCCGAGGGGCCUGUUGUGACACCUCCCUUAAUGACGUGAUGGUGUAUGUUGAAUCUGGGCUGCUGGGUGGUGUUCCAUUCAUUGGCAUACUUUACUCUUACUCUAAGAUAAUUUCUGCCAUACGAGGAAUCUCAUCAGCUCGGGGGAAGUACAAAGCAUUUUCCACCUGUGCAUCUCACCUCUCUGUUGUGGCCUUAUUUUAUUGUACAGUCCUAGCAGUGUACCUUAGCCCUGCUGAUACCCACAGCUCAUUUUCAAGCAUAACAUCUUCAGUGAUGUACAAUGUGGCCACACCCAUGCUGAACCCCUUCAUCUACAGUCUGCGGAAUAAAGACAUAAAGGGGGCUCUGAAAAGAUUCAUUGGACUCUAA